AUGCAGCCGGUGCCGCCCCAUCCUCCAAUGCGAUGUAGCACGAUUCCAUACCCACCGCAUCCCGGGUUCUUUGGGCGGGAAGAUAUUUUGGCUGAUAUAUCUGAAGGGUUCGACCGCCAGGGACCGCGACUGAAGUCCGUUGCCAUCUGGGGUACCGGAGGCGUCGGUAAAACCCAAAUAGCGCUCGAAUUCGCAAAUAGGCGGUGGUUGAAAGGAUUCGAUGUGAUCCUGUGGAUUGGCAGUGAGACGCCGGCCGAAGUUGCCAAAGCUUUCAGCGAUGCUGCACGGGGCCUUGGCCUGGUCUCUGAAUCAGAGCACAACUCGCCGGAAAAGAAUCGCCAUAUGGUGCUGCAAUGGAUCCUGAAGACAGAAAACCACGAAGCGCUACUGGAAAACUGGCCCUCUGUUGAUCACGGCUGUAUAUUGGUAACCUGCCGCAGUGAGCUUCUUGCCAACUCAGAUACAAUUGCAACUCCCAUCGAAGUUCCUCCCUUCUCGCCCGCUCAGAGUACAGACAUGAUCCUCCAUAUCUUGAACAAGAAAUCUGUGUUCGAAGAGGAAGCUUCAGCAGUGUCCGAAUUAUCAAAUAAGCUUGGAGGCCUAGCUCUGGCGAUCGAUAUCAUAGCUAAGCAUAUCAAAUCCUCACGCAGGUUCAAGUCUGUGGCGGAAUUUCUGCCUUACUUCGAGAAGAACAAAAUAUCAGUGUUCAAGAGACCCAAGCGCGGUGGCCGUGACGCAUGGUACUCGAAGGGCGUUGAGACUGUUUGGCAAACGGCCUUUGGUAGCUUGAGUGACGAUGCGGCCCAAUUACUAGGCAUUCUCUCCUGCAUGGGACCAGAGGCUAUUCCGCAGUUUUUGUUUGAGUCUGAGGGUCGAAAUGAGCGUCGGCUCAUCGAAGAACUUGAGGAGGCAAAGAUGGAACUCCUCGAUUUGUCUCUUAUACGGAUAAACACUGAUACCGGUAUCAUUUCUGUGCACCGUGUUCUUCAGACAGUCUUCUUCAGCCAGAUGCCACUCGGUCUUCAAGUGGCUUCAUUCCAUCACGCGCACGGUGUUCUUCGAUCUCACUUCCCACAGCCUGGUCCGAGCCAUCUGUAUACUGAGUGGAAAGUAUGCAACGAUUUACAUCAUCACGUCCUUGCUCUCAGGGACCGAUAUGAGAUACUCAAACUUGAUGAUGCAUUCCCUGCCAAUAACACGUCGUAUAUUGAUCUUAUUCGGGAUGACGCUUUGUACGGUCCAACUCUUUGUUGCUGCAAGACGCGAAUCAUUCUCACCAAUACCAGGUACAUGAUCGAAAUCCAGCACUUUCUCGAGGCCGAGAGAUCGUUACACUUAAUUCUUGAGAACAUAGAACCCGACUCUUUGGGGGCCGCCAAAAUCCAGCGCAGCCUCCUCGGGCUCUAUGAAAGGAUGGGCCGGAGUGUGAAAGCCUGCGAAGCUGCCAAAGCGGAACUUGCAAUUAUGCUGAAGCAUGAUGUUCCAAAAGAUAAUGAGCUAGCUAAUGGCUAUAGCAAUGUUGGCUAUGCUCUUGUUUCAGCAGUCGAUCGGCAGAAGGUAUACCAUACCUUGAUGAGGCAAUAG